AUGUCUUCCAAAGCCUUACUCGUCAACGCGCUAUUUGUAUCUGUGGCUCAUCUUGCUUUUGGACGUGUACAUUACCCUCCUAAUGCGACAAAUAUCAACGAUUUCGAGGUCGCGCUAAACGGGACUGGAGCCCCCGGUAUAUUUAACUCCUCCACGACACCAGACGAUGUUUACGGCGAGUAUAAUUGGUGCAACAUGCCUCAUGUUCGCUCGAAGGAGUACAAAACUCCUUCCAAAGAGUUCACUCUGCAGUAUGUGGAAGUCAUUCAUAGACAUCAUAAACGAACUCCUUACGCUAGUAACACGUUCUUCGAGGAGACUAUUCCUUGGAGUUGUGACGGAGAGGGUCCCGUCUAUUACGGGAAAGCUUCGACUCCCCAUACGGCUCAUGAUGUCUCGGAGGUCCAGUGGCAAGCUUCGUACAACACCCAGAACCCUUUCACCACAACCGUCGGACCUGGGUUUGUUAAUUCGACAUGCCAAUUCCCUCAAAUAACCACAGAAGGUUUGGUCGACUCGCACACGCACGGCGCAGACCUUCGUUCAGUCUACGCAUCUCGUCUUGGUCUCUCUUCCUCUAUUGACUAUACUACCGUUGGUAUUCGUGUUACCAACAACGUAAUCACGUCCCAAGUCGCUGGAGCUCUCGUCUCUGGCCUCUUCCCUUCCGUCGCAUCUUCUGGAACACCUGUUCAAGCUCUUAUCGAGUCGGACAAUUAUGAUGCUCUCGAACCGGCUUACUCGUGCCCCAACGCCGUCUCUAUCAUGUCGAACUACGAGUCAACGAUCGCGAGUUGGACGGGUCAUUUGACGGCGGCGGCGGGACUAUAUAAGAAGUUGGAUGCUGUGAGUGGGAUUGUGAGUAAUGACACGGCGGGAUGGCAUACCAGCUUCGACCACUACUACGACAAUAUGAGCGCAAAACAAUGCCAUUCCAAGUCUCUGCCCUGUUCCGUGAACGACACUUCCCUCUGUGUCACCCAAGACGAAGCCGACACCGUAUACAGGUUGGGUAACUGGGAGUGGUCGUUCUAUUACAGAGACGCACAGAACUCAACACUUUAUUCGGCAUUACAUUAUGGUGCUUGGAUCUUGGAAUUGAAGGCUCAUCUGGAGGCUAAGAUUGCCGGUGGGCAGUACUUCCAUAACGUGGGACAUGACGGGUCUAUUGGGCCUCUCCUUGGGUUCUUUCAGAUAUCAAAGAUGGUCUGGCCUGGAAUGGGCUCGGAAGUUGUGUUUGAACUCUACAACAAGAGGUCCUCAGCGGCCCAUAGCAGUAGCACUGACGGGUGGUACCUCCGCGUCCUGUGGGGUGGACAGCCCAUGGAGACAUCAACACCUCUGGGGACUUUGGAUAUGAUCCCAGUGCAGGAUGUGUUUGAUUAUAUUGAAAGCUGGAUUGGGACGGGAUCAGAGCUUUAUAAUGCUUGUAAUAAUUGA